UGCUCUCUUUCAAUGAGAAUCCUCAUUAUCUGUGAUAAACUCCUCGCGUUAAAUUGUCUCAAUUAGCUGAUUGGAAUUCUUUUUGGAAUAUAAUUUGUAAAUUGUCGAGUUUUUAUUAAUUAUUAUCCCUGAUUUUACAGGGGAACCUGUUGAUCAAAUUUGUUCCACUAUGAGUGAGAUGAGUGUCUCUCAACCAAAUCUUUCUAUUUCCAAAGCAAGUUGUUCUCACGUGGAAGCUUUUAAAACAUCUAAACUUGGAUUGAAAAAUUUUUCUAUUAUUUUAACUAAUUUUGUGGCUACCCUUUCAUUGGAGGCCAGAAAGCGUAAAUCUCAGGCCAUGAUAUGUUUCAAUUGUGGACCCACAAAGUUUCCUAUUCGUUUACACGCUUGUCUCGAGUGUAUCUAUUUUGGUUGUUAUCAACAUAAACAUAUCCAUGAGCAUGCGAAAACAACUAAUCACAAUCUAGCCAUUGACGUUACCUGGGGAUAUGUUUAUUGUUACCCUUGUCGUGAUUACGUUUACGAUUCUGAUUUAGAAAGAAUUUCGAAAAGGAAAAAAUUCAAAUCAAAUAAAGCAACCGGAACAUCUUAUGCACAGUAUUACACUUGGGAACCAACUCACCAGGAGCUUGAAAUUCUGAAACAAAACUCUCAACGUAGACGGAUUUCAGAUAAUUCUUACAUAGGUUUGAGAGGACUGAUUAAUUUAGGAAAUACGUGUUUCAUGAAUUGUAUUGUUCAAGCUCUUACACACACACCGUUACUUAGAGAUUAUUUUCUAUCAGAUAAACAUAUCUGCCAAUUUCGAGAUGACCCUUCCAUGUGUUUGGUCUGUGAAAUGUCAAGACUUUUUCAAGAAUUCUAUUCAGGAAAAAGUACACCUCACAUUCCUUUUAAAUUAUUACAUCUUGUAUGGACUCACGCCCGUCAUCUAGCGGGCUACGAACAGCAGGAUGCUCACGAAUUUUUUAUCGCCACUUUGGAUGUUCUUCACCGUCAUUGUAAAGGCUCAAGUGGACCAUCUAAUAGUAAUCCUCACCAUUGUUCAUGUAUAAUAGAUCAAAUUUUCACGGGUAAUUUACAAUCUGAUGUAGUUUGUCAAUAUUGCAAAGGUGUUUCAACGACGAUCGAUCCUUUUUGGGACAUAUCAUUAGACCUUGGACCUAGUUUACAUAUGAGGCAGCAACUCGCUGCUUCGUCGACUACUCAAACUUAUUGUGACGAAUCUGAACCUAAAUCACUUCUCGACUGUCUCGAACGUUUUACUCGACCAGAACAUUUAGGAAGUUCGGCAAAAAUCAAAUGUAGUACGUGCCAAAUCAAUCAAGAGUCAACCAAACAAUUAUCAAUGAAAAAAUUACCCAUAGUUGCAAGUUUUCAUCUUAAGCGAUUUGAACAUUCUAAUAGGUUUCAUAAAAAGAUCUCAACUUUUAUAUCUUUCCCUCAAUAUCUCGACAUGAGUCCUUUCAUGGCCUCUCGUCGAGGUUGUAAACCAACAAUCGACGCAUCUUAUGCAAACGGAUCACCUCUGAAUGAGAACAAGUAUGAGUUAGAUAAUUUUCUCUCCCAAAGAAAAUCACCUCGCUUUACUCUCUCUUCAAAUUACAGGUACUGUCUCUUUGCGGUGGUCAAUCACAGUGGAACCAUUGAGACUGGUCACUACACUGCGUAUGUGCGUCAACAUAAAGACCAGUGGUUCAAAUGUGAUGAUCACAUAAUAACUCGAGCCAGUGUUCAGGAUGUUCUUGAUAGCGAAGGGUAUUUACUUUUCUAUCAUAAGGAAUUUCUAGAAUACGAAUAAUUAUUGAAUCUUUAUUCGUUAUUUAGUAUUAGCAUCAUUAAGGUUUUCAUCCUUGUGGAUUAUUUUCAAUGAUUGCAGACAAUUGUGAUUGAUUCUAAUUGCUACUCACCCUAUCACCUUUUUUUGGAGCAUCUUCUUACUUCGUUGUGAUAAUCUUUUCAUCUCUCACUUUUAUUUUGUUCUCAUUUUCACUCGAAACAUUUCGUGGUCUUUUUUUUGGAUAUUUUCCAUUUAUGACUCAUGCAAAACAAGAAAAACUCGAUUGCUCAAAUCUACUUCUUCUUAAUUAUCUCUUUGCCUGAUUUUAUUUCGAAUUCAUACUAAUGGACGAUCUCGAUUCUCUUGUCAAGAUGAGGUCUUUCUACUUCAUGGAUCAGUGAAAAAAGAAUAACAUUUUUCUAUUUGUUUCUAUAUCUUUCAUGGAAAAAGCUUUUGUUUUUCAUCAAAUUGUUCAACUCGAUAAUCAACUAAUCAUCUCGACUAAAGCCCGGUUCAAGAUUUCCUUUCAUCGAACGACCAUUUCCUCCAAUAUGGUCCCUUGGGUGUGUGACUCCCGUUUAACCCUUUCCCCUUUCAACCUACAAGGUUUAAUUUUAUUCGUGUAUAAAGCCUGGAAAAACUUAUCUACUCAUAAUUAGAUCAACUGAUCGAUUGGUGUUGAUCAUGGUUGACUUAAUCUCGUCGGAAGCUCAAGAAAACAGUCAUUCUGUCCAUUCCUAAUCAUCUUUAAUUUCCUAACAGCAUUAAGGUCACAAAUCGACUGACAAUUUAUUGGCAAUACUGUUUUCUUUUCAAUUGUGUGAUCAAAGAAAAUCAAUUUAAUUAUGAAUCUCUGCUUCAUCUCUUUAUCAACAUUUUUUUUUACAGUAAUUAAUUUUUUCCUUUAAACAGUAACCCUAAAUCUGUGAACCAUAAUGCAAACAAUUAAACCCGAACCACAAACGGCACAAAACCCAAACCAAAUCAAAUUUGCUCACGCAAAACAAAACAAUAAUAAAAAGAGACUAAUUAUUUAUUGAAUAAAAA